CGCUGCCUUCACGUGCUACAUCGCGUCAGUGUUUUGUUUUCUAAUCCUAAAAUCCGUGCAUCCGAGUGUAAGUGCCGACCCGCCAAUCCGCCCCCCAAAAAUGUAGACACCGGAAAUGUCAAGUGACACGUGUCCGCGAGAGUGUAUGACGAGUGUUGUGCAAAGAUAAUAUCAUCAAAAGUGAAUAGUUCCGUGAAUUGGUCAGACGAGGUAAUCCGCACAUUCCCAUAGUCCAACCGGUCUGUAAGAGGGCCACUGCAGGAAAGCCGCAUUCAGGCGACCUCCACGUGCCUGAACUUGCCAACAAAUUCCUCCAAUCGUCUGGACGACAAAAAAUAUAUAUAUUAAUUCCCGACAGCCCACCUGGUGACAGGGUCAGGGCCAGGGACUUCCUCGUUAGGGAAUAUUAAUAAUAAUAUAAACAAUGGAGGACGAGUUACGUUGUCCAUCCUGCAAGGAGCUCUUCUCAGAACCAGUGUUGCUCCCUUGUUGGCAUGCCCUCUGUCUGUCAUGUGCUGUAAAUCUUCAGGCACCACCUGAUUCACCACCUGAAUCAACAACCGAUUGCUCGAAUGCUCCAGGAUCAGACCAAGAGGCCGACAAAUUAUCAAUCCUCUCUGAGACAGACUCUGGUGUUGUCUGCAGCAGCACAUCAACUAGCUCAAGACCGGGUAGUUACGUUGGAACACCUGGCAAUGGCAAUUGUUUUCCACCAUCGGGUGGUACUCUCUGUCUGUCAUGCCCGGUUUGCCAUAAAAAUGUUUACUUCGACGAGGGCGGUGCCCACAAUUUGCCGAAAUACCGGGCGAUGCAGAGAAUCGUUGAUAAAUAUCAAGAGGCGAGAAAUGUCAGGCUACAGUGCCAGAUGUGCGAGGGUGAACCUAGGGAAGCAAGCGUCGCCUGCGAGCAGUGCGAGGUCCUCUAUUGUGAUCAAUGCAGGGAGUCUUGUCAUCCAUUGAGGGGUCCUCUUGCAGCUCAUAAUCUGGGCCCACCCCGUGCCAGCUGGCAGUCAAAUACCAAGGGGACUAGACCCACUGGGCCCGAUGGUGCUCCAAUUUGUGGUGAUCAUAAUGGAGAGACUGUCAGCCUUUAUUGUGCACUCUGCAAGAAUGCCGCGUGCUCCAAUUGUCUACGUGAUCGUCAUGCUGCACAUCCACAUGAUGUACUCCCCUUGGCUGCUGCCUGCAAAGCACAAAAAACGGAAUUGUCACAGAAUCUCCAGCAGUUGUCGGAGCGCGCACGUUCGACGACAGAAUUUAUCCAAAGACUCAAAGGGAUGACGGAUAAAGUGCACGAGGAAUGCGCAUCACUGGAGGAUGAAGUUGAGGACAGGGUAGCGAGUUUAGUGACAAUGAUGCAGUCGAGAAAAUCUCGAUUAAUCGAGGCAGCUCGGCAGACGAGAGAUGCGAGAGUGAGAUCCCUGAGGGAUCAAGUUGCAAGAUGUGCAACUCAUCUGCAAGCCACAACCGCCCUUUUGACAUUUUGCAUUGAAGCUCUCAAGGAAACAGACAGCUCGGCUUUCCUCCAGAUUGGUGGUAUGUUAUCAGUGAGGGCUGCAACAGCCGCUGGCUCCUGGGGUGCUGCUGAGGGUGUGCAGGAGAUGGCACGUUUACCCUUGCUUGAUCUUACCCUGGAUGACAAACCCGUCAGACGUGCCAUCGAUCAACUUACCUUUGUACAGCUGAAACCAUCCGAAGGAGAGGAUCGAUAUCCAACCGCAGCUCCUGGUGCACCAGUGCUUCUACCAGAGGAUUGUAGUGCCGAGAACAACAGCGUAACGGUUGCUUGGCAGCCACCACCAGGUCACGGUAUGGGAUGUGGUCAACGUGGUCCAGCAAUCGAAGGUUAUCUCCUGGAGCUUGACGACGGAUGUGGUGGAGAGUUCAGGGAGGUUUAUUGUGGAAGAGAGACUAUAUGCACAGUUGAUGGUCUACACUUCAAUUCCCUGUACAACGCCAGGGUCAGGGCAUUCAACAGUGCGGGUGAAGGAGAGUACUCUGAGCUGAUUGGUCUUCAAACUGCCGAGUUGGCUUGGUUCUCGUGGGCAUCUGGUGCCCCGGGUAUUCCCCAGGAGGUUACCAUAUCCGAGAAUGCGAUGAGCGCAUCGUGCGAGGGAUAUGAACACCGAGUGGUUUUAUCGAGCGUCGGAUUUUCCAGGGGUGUCCACUACUGGGAGCUCACCAUUGACAGAUAUCACAGUGACACUGAUCCAGCAUUUGGCAUUGCUCGGGCUGAUGUGUCCCGUGACAAAAUGCUCGGCAAGGACGACAAGGGUUGGAGCAUGUACAUAGACCGUCAGAGGUCGUGGUUUAUGCAUGGUGGUGGUCAUGCCCAGAGGACAGAGGGUGGUGUCCAGCAGGGAUCAACGGUUGGUGUACUUCUGGAUCUUGAUACAACACAUACAUUGCGUUUCUUCGUGGAUGGACAGCCACAGGGUGGUAUAGCCUUUCGCGAUUUAUACGGAGUUUUUUAUCCAGCAGUCAGUCUUAAUCGAGGUGUUACUGUGACUCUUCACACUGCCAUCGAUCCACCGAGACACUUGUUAGUACUGCACGAUGAGUAUAUCAGUGAUAUUGUUCAGAGCUAGGGGUACCUCAAUGUCCUGAAGAAGGGCCUCAUGCAGAAUCAUGAGAAUGGGGUCGUCGAUCACGACAGGUCCAAGGAGCACAAUGACCUUCACAAUCAGAUCCUCGAGAAGAUCGUCGAGGAAGGACCAGCCGAGAUCAACUGAAUCCAAGUCUUUUCAACCAGGUGAUCAUUUCUUCAAACAUUAAAUCCAUUUCUCAUUAAAAAAGAGUAUUAAAUAUUUUUUUAUUUCAAUUUUUUUCCACACUCCACUGAAAAACUGUUGGAAAAAUACUCUCCUGUCAUCUCGAAAGAAUUAUAUUAAGAAAAAUGACAGUUUACAUUUGAAAUGUCACUUGAUUGAAAAGACAUUCCACGGAAUUAUGACAAUUAGACAUAAUCUCUGUCUCAACUUUCCAAUAUUUUUAUUUACUGUUUUGAUUGAGUGAGGACUGAGGUACUUGCAUGGACGAUUAAAUCCACCUUGCGAUUCACUUUGAAACUCGAUACAUUCAAAUGUCAUUAGGGAGAGCUUCAUUGGAAGUCAUGAGGAUUGAAUCCACCGGUACCCAGCGCUCCAUUCGAGGAAAUAAAAAAAAAAACCUUUGACGUUAUGAAACUCAAUUUAUGGCCUGGAGUUGUGUAUCGAGUGUAUGUGGGCACAGCCAAAGUACAGUUAAUGAUGUAAACUCGUUUUGCAAAUGUUGGUGUAUCGAUCAAAGGUUACUCCGCUGGCUUUGAUAUAUAUAUUUUUUUUUCUCUCCACCAAGCGAAGGGAAAGUACAUUAUUUUCACCCGCUUUUCUCGGCCUCCGAUAAAAUAUAUCGCUGACCCAAAAAUCGCUUAAUUUUUAACAAUUUAAGACUGAAAUCAUCGAGUUAAUUGACCUCGUAAUCAUUGAAUGAAAUUUUUAAUAACAGCUAGUGUUUCUGCGCGAGUGUUGGAUGCACGUGAGAAUGGUGAGUCUGUAUUUUAAUGAGAAAAAUUACUAAAACAGGGAAUAACUGAAUGAGGGAAUAAACACAGCACUGACUCUAACGUCGAAGGAUUAUUACAACUGACCAGUGUGACACUAUCAUAUCGAACGUAUUUAAACGGAUAGAUUUAAGAGUAUCAGUAUCAUAGGAUUAAAAGAAUAUAAUUAAAGUACCAGAAGAAACGAGAGCACUUAAAACACUGAAGAUUUUUCUAGUCCUAGAAUGAUUUCCAUUUUGUACACUUCCAUCGUCAUUGGUUUUCUCGUUGUAUCCAUAUCUCAUUCGGUGUAAACCUCAAAUUUCACAUCAUGAUUAACGAAUAACAUUUAAAGGGGUGGGAUAAGGGGAAGGGGCUAAUUAGAAUUUAUUAGGACUGCGUAUCCGCGGUCGAUUCACUGGACAGGGUGGCAAUAGCUAUUGCAGAGGGUCUCGACGUAAAUAAUCUCAAGUUCACUCAGUAGUCAAUCAGUGAAUAAAAAAAAUAAAACAAAUCCAUUGAAGUCUGUAAAUACGUGUAAAUAGCAUUUAUCAAUGAUAUUGCCCAUGAAAUUGCCAAUUGUAAACAUUUAUGAUUAUAUUCGACCAAUAAAACAUUGCUGAAUAAAGAAUAAAUCACAAGAUAAA